GAAAAGCAUUAUGUCCACCUCAUGCAGCGGCGGCGGCGGACACUUGCUAGUGUUCCCUUACCCGGCGCCGGGCCACAUGACGCCCCUCCUCCACCUAACCCACCAACUGGCCAGCCGCGGCUUCACCAUAUCCAUUUUGGUCACCCCUAAAAACCUUCCAUUGCUCAACCCUCUUCUCUCGAAACACCCUUCCCUUGUCCACCCCCUUGUCCUUCCCUUUCCACCCCAUCCCGCCCUCCCCGCCGGCGUCGAGAACGUCAAAGACCUGCCCCCCACCGCCUUCCCCGCCCUCAUGCACUCCAUGCACCAGCUCUACACCCCCAUCCUUCAUUGGUUCCGCUCCCACUCCUCCCCGCCCACCUUCAUCAUCUCAGACAUGUUCCUCUGGUGGACCCAAAAGCUUGCCGACGACCUCAGCAUUCGUCGAUUCAUGUUUUCAUCAUCCGGCUUCAUGGCCAUGGACAUCAUCUAUUCCCUGCGAAGGCACCCACCAAAGGGAGGCGGCCCGGAUGAUCCGGACCAUUUGAUAGCUAUAUCUGAGGUCCCAUCUUCGCCGGUGUACCCUUGGUGGCAGCUGCAGUUCCUUUACAGCACGGGUAGCUACGUGGAGGGAGACCCGGUUUCUGAAUUUUUGAAACACGGGGUGCUCGCCAAUAAUUCGAGUUGGGGGAUGAUUUUCAAUUCAUUCAGUGGGCUGGAACGGGUUUACUUGGAACACCUGAAGGAGCAAGUUGGGCACGAUCGAGUAUGGGCUGUGGGGCCUUUGCUCCCUCCAGUAGCACCGUUAGCGUCAAACAUAAAGAAGUCUGAUGGCUUGGACUAUACCGAUGCUGAUGAUAUAUUAUCGUGGCUUGACAAGUGUGAAGAUCAGUCAGUGGUCUACGUUUGCUUUGGGACUCAAUCUGUGUUGAACCCUAAUCAGAUGGCGGCCAUAGCAUCAGGCUUGGAGGAAAGUGGGGCCAAAUUUAUAUGGAGGGUGAAGGAAAUGAACGUGGGGAUGGUCCCGCAGGGAUUCGAAGAUCGUGUGGCUGGGAGUGGGAGAGGUUUGAUCGCAAAAGGAUGGGCCCCGCAGACCAUGAUCUUGAGGCACCGGGCUGUGGGUGCGUUCUUGACUCACUGUGGCUGGAACUCAGUGUUGGAAGGAAUAAUGGGCGGAGUGCCGAUGUUGGCGUGGCCAAUGGAGGGCGAGCAGUUUCUGAAUGCCAAGCUACUGGUAGAGGAGCUAAAGGUGGCGAGUCGGGUGUGUGAGGGGGCGCAAACUGUGCCUGACUCGGGCGAGUUGGCUCAGCUGGUGGCCAAGUCGGUGGGCGCAAAUAGGGAUGAAAACGUCAAAGCCAUGCACGUACGAGCGAUGCAGCUGGGUAAGGCCGCUUCGGAUAGCAUCAAGGAGGGUGGGGGUUCAUGUCAGGAUUUAGAUGGCUUGGCCGCUCAUAUUCUUUUACAAGACGCCGGGGAAGAUUCAAAUUAAGUAGAAGAAACCAAAAAAUAAAGCCCAAAGUUUUGAUUUUUUGUAUGAUUUUCGAUGGAAAAUUGUAUU